AUGUCUCGUCCAAUUAUUAUUUUUUUGAUAAUUUUCGCUCGUCUGACGCUCGUACGGAGCGAUUGCAUCGUCUCGGGCGUUUGCGGGCCUCAUGUCACAAUUUCGUCGCAACCGCCGAUCCGUGGCGAGGAAAUAACCGAAGAAUCGCUGAAAAUUCUGCAAGAAAUUUGCCCCGAAUAUUACCGCGACGGCAAAAAUGGCACGCGAGUUUGUUGCACGUCUGAGCAACUAGUUGUGAUCAAUGGAAAGUUCCAACGAGCUGUUGCCGCUUUUGGGAGAUGUCCAACGUGCACGAAAAACAUCCUAAAGUCCAUUUGCGCGAUCACGUGUUCGCCGGAUCAAGAUAAAUUCCUGAAAAUCGCCGAAAAAACGGAAGACGGAAAAUGCGCAAAAACCGUCGCCUUGCACUUGGACUACGAAUACAUGCGAAAAACGUACGAAAGUUGCAAAGGCAUCAUCCUGUCACUCACUGGAGGUCCCGUGAUGGAAACUGCAUGCGGCGACGAGAAUUCCUUCACUUGCACGCCCGAAAAAUGGUUCGCUUACAUGGGCCGAUACGACGACUACCAGAUAAAUUACGUGAUUUCGCACGACAAACGCCGCCGUUUCGAGUUUCCCGUGAAACGCUGCAACGAAAGUUACGAAAAUUCCUUCGCUUGUUCCUGCGUCGACUGUCAAAUCACCUGCAACAAUGAAAUUUCGGAAAAAAUUGAACCGGAAAUGGAUUUCAUGCAACAAACUACUUACAUUUUACUCGUCGUCAUCAUCUUCACGGGCAUCAUUCCCGCCAUUUUGUACUUUAUGUCGCGCUCCAGUAUCGGAAAAAUGAAGGGAAUUCCAUUGAUUGACGUCUUUUUAAAACAUUUUUUCACUAAAUGGGGCGAAACUGUAGCAAAGAACCCCGUUAAAGUGCUUUUUUUGUUCAUUUUAGUGGUAAUUCCGCUCAGUAUCGGAGCAAUGUUCAUCGAAGUAACGACAGAUCCAGUUAAAUUAUGGGCAGCGCAUGACAGUCAAGCACGACAACAAAAGGAAUAUUUUGAUGCGACGUUUGGACCGUUCUUUAGAACUGAACAAAUUUUCGUGAAGCCGAUUUUUAAGCAGAAUUUCACGCAAUUUGAUAGUAGAACGGGACAAAAUAUCACAUAUGGGCCUGCUUUUAAUGUUACUUUCCUGAAAGAAGUGCAAAAAUUUCAACAGGAAAUUUUGAGUUUAGGUCAAGCUGAAGGCGAAGGCUUGGAAAAAAUAUGUUACGCACCUAUAAUGGAAGCAAAUGUCACUGUUCAACUCGAAAACUGCGUCGUCCAAUCACUUUUUGGCUACUUAAGUGACGAUGAAACCCUCGACGACGAUUACGAUUUCCAAGAAGGCUUUUUUUCGUGCAUCCGAAACCCUUUCCAUCAAGAUUGCCUGUCAUCAUGGGGAGGUCCCGCCAUUCCAGAGUUAGUUUUAGGCGGCUAUCCAAAGGCUAAAAGCAAAAACAGCCCUCCAGAGUACAAUUUGGCGACACUUUUGUCCAUCACGAUCAUCGUCAAGAACUACAAAGACCCCGAAUUGUUGCAUCCAGCGAUGAAAUGGGAAGAAAAAUUCAUCAAAUUCCUGUCAAAUUACAAAAAUCCCCAUUUUAAAGUUGUUUUCAAGGCAGAACGAUCCAUCGAGGAUGGCAUUCAAGAGAUGUCGAACGCGGAGUUUUUAACCGUUAUCGUGAGUUAUUCGCUAAUGUUUUUAUAUAUCGUGUUCUCGCUCGGGCGAAUUCGAAAUCUGAACUCAUUUUUCAUGGAAUCAAAGAUAACUUUAGCUGCUGGCGGGAUAAUUAUCGUUAUGGCAUCAGUUUUGUGCAGUUUGGGGGUCUUUGGAUAUACCGGAGUAUCGACGACGAUGUUAACGAUCGAAGUUAUCCCGUUUCUCGUGUUGGCAGUUGGCGUUGACAACAUUUUUAUCCUUGUUCAAACGUUCAAUCGCUUAGAUAAAGAGACUUUUAAAGACAUUCCAACGGGAUUGGGCGUCGCAUUAGGUGAAGUUGGACCCUCUUUGCUACUGACAGCAGCGACGGAAUGUUUUUGCUUCAGCAUCGGGUCACUUUCGAACAUGCCAGCAGUGAAAACUUUCGCUUAUUUUGCGACUGUAGCGAUUUUAUUGGAUUUUUUGUUCCAAAUUACGGCGUUUUUGGCACUUAUCGCACUCGAUGAACGAAGAUUUCGCGCCCAACGGUUCGAUGUGAUGUGCUGUUGUCAAAGCAAACUGCAAAAAAAUGUCGUGAAAAGCGGAAGAGGCGUCAUUGAAAAGAUGUUUGACCUGUUUUUCACUCCGUUGUUGAUGUCGAAGCCGAUUCAAGUUACUGCAAUGGGCACGAUGCUCCUGUGGACUGCAUUUUCGAUUUUUGUGACGCCUCUCGUUGAACCGGGACUCGAACAAAGCAUCACGAUGCCCAAAGAUUCGUAUAUCGCGGAAUAUUUUUCGUAUUUGGAGCGAUAUUUGGAUGUUGGACCUCCCGUUUAUUUCGUUUUGAAGCCUGGAUUGGAUUUUCGACGAGAAUCUGAUCAAAAUUUAAUCUGCGGCGGCUUGAAAUGCAACUCGAAUUCGUUGAUUGGACAAAUAAAUGCUGCUGUUAGAGACUCUGAACGGUCAAAAAUUGCUAAAAUUUCCAAUUCUUGGCUCGAUGACUACUUUGAUUGGAUAAAAUCGAGUGAUUGUUGCAAAGAAACGCCUUCCGGAGACUUUUGUUCGAGCAAUUCAGACGAUUCAACAUGCAAAAAGUGCGUUAAAAAGCUCUCUAAAAACGGAAUUCGACCAACUGCGGAAACUUUUGACAAAUUUUUCCCCUUAUUUCUUGCUGAUCUUCCCGGAGACUCAUGUUUCAAAGGCGGAAAAGCUGUCUAUGCCGACGGAAUUAUUUACGAUCCCAAAAGUGAACCGAAAAUCAAAGAUUCGUACUUCAUGACUUACCAUACUCCAUUAAAAAAUUCACGAGAUUUUUACACAGCGCUUAUCCAAGCUCGUAAAAUCGCUGCCAAUAUGAAUGAAAUGUUCAAACAAAACGCGAAAAACGUCGAAGUCUUCCCUUACAGCGUUUUUUACGUGUUUUACGAGCAAUAUUUGACAAUGUGGAAGGAUGUAGCAAUUUCUCUGGGCUUAUCAUUACUCACGGUGUUUGUGACAACUUUAACCGUUACAGGCUUUGAUCUGAUCUCGGCUUUGAUGGUUGUUUAUAUGGUUGGAUUGAUUUUGAUCAACAUGCUGGGACUAAUGUGGAUGUUUAAUAUCUCGCUAAAUGCAAUUUCGCUCGUGAAUUUAGUAGUUUGUGUGGGAAUUGGCGUUGAAUUUGUGUCACAUAUUGUAUGGUCUUAUACUCAAACAAGCGGAAGUCGACGAGAAAGAGCGAGUUAUACGCUGACAAAGACAGGAAGUAGUGUCCUUUCGGGUAUAGCAUUGACCAAAUUUAGCGGAAUUGUCGUUUUGGCAUUUGCUAAGUCACAGAUUUUCCGUGUCUUUUACUUCCAAAUGUACCUUGGCAUGGUCCUCAUUGGAGCUGUUCAUGGUUUAAUCUUCCUUCCAAUCCUCUUGUGCUAUUUCGGACCAAAUUCAAAGCAAACUGAGCCAAGGAACGACACUUCAUCAAGUAGUGAAGAAACAAGCAAUUUAUAGAUUUUUUUUUAUUAUUUCAUUUUAUUUUUAUAAUAAAGCAAAAGCUUUUCAUUGUUUUUAUUG